GUAAAAUAUUAUUCCGUGCAGUCCUUUGGAAUUGUGCCAGUGAUGACAGUUAAACAGCUUUAACGCACACAGCAGGUCGCACCACUGAGAUGUAGCAGAUUUGAUGAGCGCAGUAAGCUAGCUGGCUAACUGGGGUCCCAGGCCAUUUAACCUGAGUGAUACAACUAUAGGAGUACUCGAUGUAAGAUGAACACUGAGGACAAGUUGGAUGGGAUGCUGCUGAAGUGCAGCAGCGGAGGAAUAGAUGGAGGUGGGAGAAUCUGUCUGGGUGCAGGAGGAGGACUGGUGGUGAUGACCCUCGGGGAGCGAUCACUGGCAAACCAGCCUCUUUUGGCUGAGGAUGACGAUGACGACGAAGAUGACGAGGACUUGACUGGAAGUUCGCUGGUUACUCAUGACCUGGUCCCUCCACAACAGCUGAUGAUGCAGGAGGAGUUGACAAAGAAUGGUGGAGAAGGAUUAGAAGAGGAGGGAGGAGGCGAGGUUGGAGUGCAUUUCCCCCUAAAACUCACCAAUAAGUUGCCCUACUCUCUUCAAAUGCCACUGAGCAUCAAGCAGGAGCUGAAGUUGUCUGACCCUGCAGCCCAUAUAAAGAAGGACAAAAAAGCAAUUAAGGACAUGACUGUCUACCCCAAGAAGAAGAAAAGGAAGCAGCGCUCACCAGCAAAGAUCCUGGGUAUGAAUGAUGAUGGAUCUGUGGCCGUACCAAACCCAAAGAGUCACGUUUGUAUUCACUGCAAUGCUGCAUUCAGAACCAAUUAUCAUUUGCAGAGACAUGUCUUCAUUCAUACGGGUGAGAAGCCAUUUCAGUGCAGCCAGUGUGACAUGCGUUUCAUUCAGAAGUAUCUUCUGCAGAGGCACGAGAAGAUCCACACUGGUGAGAAGCCUUUUCGCUGUGAUGAGUGUGGGAUGAGGUUUAUCCAGAAGUAUCACAUGGAGAGACAUAAGAGAACUCACAGUGGAGAGAAGCCCUACCAAUGUGACUACUGUCACCAGUACUUCUCCAGAACCGACCGGGUUUUAAAACACAGGCGAAUGUGUCAUGAAAACAGAGAGAGGAAGAUGAACAAGUCCAGCGGUAAAAUCGGACCUUUGCGUGACACAGAUUCUUCAGGGUCUCCCUUUCAUUCCAAAGAGUGCUCUCUACCCAAGAAAAAGCGCCAAAAAUGUGCAGAAAAAAGUUCCUGCUCUUCCAGUACGGUCCUGACAGAGGCGCGCGCUUUUCCUGUUGACGAAGCAGAAGAGAAGGCGGGGCAGGAUAAAAUCGAAACCCCAUGUAUAUUUGCUGUGUCAUCCAAGGUCAAGCAUGAGUAUGUGAUUCCUGGCUAUUCCGUGGAACUUCCUGAGGAAACAGCCAGCCAACACGAAGAUGAAGACGUAUCAUCAGAGGACACAACCCCACCAAAAAUAGUCCUGAAGAAAGUCCCAAAGAGGAGCCUCAAACAGCCCAGCGAGCAAACCCCUCCCUGCUUGUCUUCCCCUCUGUCCUCCUAUGAGGAAACCGAUAAGGUAGCCCAGUAUACCUUUGAAAUUGUGGACAAGCAGGGCCUUUUAGACGUGGAGAGCAACACUGACUUGGAAUCAGUUGAAAUGACUAAACCAGCAGCCAGCAGCACAAACUACGACGACGCCAUGCAGUUUCUCAAAAAGAAGCGUUACCUUCAUGCUGCAAUGGCCAACAACAGUCGGGACUACGCCCUAAACACGAGCAGCAUUUCCUCUCAGCCGUCUGUUACGCAAACUGUGGUGUCGACCGUCAUUGAUGAAACUGUCCCUGCCACUAUCCUGGAGCCCCAGCCCAUCAACACUGAGAUAAAGACAACUCACGAGAAAAACGUUUUGCCUGAUGAGGUUCUUCAGACGCUGUUGGAGCACUACUCUAACAAAGCAAAUGGGCAAUCAGACAUUUCCUUCAGUGUGGCUGAUACAGAGGUGACUUCUAGCAUAUCUAUAAACUCCUCUGAUGUUUCAGACAGCAGCCCCGUGGAGAGCAUUGGAUCCUCCGGCGCCCAAGCUCAACCACCUACAGAGAAGGUCAGCCUCCUGCAGGAAUACUCAAAAUUUCUUCAACAAGCUCUGGAGAGGACCAGUCAGAACGACAGCUACUUAACCAGUCAGAGCCUCAGCUUGGUCUCUGAAAACCCCACGUUAGCUGGACAACCUCUGUUCUCCAAUGAGAAACAGUUUUCUUCACCCAGCAGGUUCAAAUCAGGGAUGAGCUCUCCACUAAGGUCCACCUUGGAAAAACCUCACUUUGGAUUACUGGUCGGAGACUCCCAGCACUCAUUUUCAUUUUCAGGUGAUGAGACCACCUCGCCCUCAGCUGUGUCUCCAGCUGAUGAAGACUUCCUGGAGCAGGUUUCGCCCUCUAAGAAGGCUGACUCUACGCAGGGGAUACUGCAGACUUUCCAAAUCAAUUCCUUUGAUCAGAACUUCAAGUCACAUUUCCAGGCGACGAGAUCUGCGUCGUCCUCACAGUUUACUGUCGCCAACGGACAGGUGGGUGUCCGAGGACAUGGCACAGACUUCUCAGAGUUCCCUUUAGUUCGAGUCACUGAGACCAGGGUUCAAUUGAACUCGUCCCCUGAUGUUUCAACCAGCGAAUCGUUUGGCUGAAGAAACUACAGGAAAAUAAUUUUUGUUUAUUUUAGCAGCACUUUAUUUCAUCUGUCUUGUUUUGCCAAAACUAUUUACAACACAAUCAUGCUUUCUUUCUUAAAAGUGGAUUGAAAAAUCCUCAUGUUUCAUUUUUACUCAAACCUGUCAUAACAUACUAAUAAUAAUAACUCAUGAGAUCAUACUAUAAGAAGCAUUUUUCCAUUGGAAUCAAAGCAAUUCUUGUUCUGGAAUGUACACUAGGAGGUUAAGUGACCAAAGUGUAAUUAUUCUCAUAUUUUUGCCGCCAGAGAGUUUAUGUGUCGGUUUGCCUUGCUUGAGAAAUUAUCGACUCACUCUUGCUGCUUAAUGCAAUAUUUCCACUUUUUAUACACCAAUCAGCCAUUAACGUAUGACUUCCAGAAGCUCCCUUGGUUGUUGGGAGUUUUCUGUGGACCCUGCUUUGACUGGGGAGUUCAGAGGCUCAGUGGACACCUCGGACCGUACUCGUUCUUCUGGUGGAGGGGUUUUCAGCAACACACAGGCACAUCCCAAUACCUUAAAAUAAAAGUUAAUUACUGCUGUAAUGCAAUUCAAAAACUGAAUCUCAAAGUAUAUAGAUUUGUGAUGCAUUUUAGGUGUUUAUUUUUGUGCAAAGAUGUUUAUGGCUUACAGUUUAUGAAAACCAUAAAUUCAGUUUUCCAGAAAAUUUGAUUGCAUAAAAAUCAUUUUAAAAAGGAUUUGUAAUAAAGAUUUAUUUAUUUUUUUAAGGACAGUAUAUGGCCCUUAUUAUACACCUAACUGUCAAUUAUAUUUUGCCUGAUUUAAUGCUUCGACGUGGCAGCAACGGUGGCUUAAUACAGGAAAUACGACAGUUGCAGCCCAUAUUCUCCCCCAGUCUUGAAUUGGCUUUGUUUUACCAUUUUCUUAAGCCUGCACUUAUCCCUGUUGCCUGUGAACCUUUUUCUUCUAUACUUUUUUCCUUCCACUCAACUUUUCAUUAAUAUGGUUGGGUACAGAACCCUGUGACCAGCCAGCUUCUUUAGCAAUGCCCUUUUGUAGUUAACUCAUCAUGUGUAGGGUGCCAAUGACCGUCUUAACAGAAGUAAAUACAUGAAAUUCAGAAUUAAUUCAUAUUAGAGUUUCACUUUUUGAACUGAAUUACCGAAACAAAUGAACCUUUUUCUGAUGUACUGAGAUGCUCCUGUAUUUUACUGUAACAAGAUUUAUGGUGUUACUCAUUUUAGCUGUUUGGGUUCACAAUAUUGAGGCUGAUUGGUGUAUGGCUGUAUUUCAUAUAUGCCUCUUUUGUUUUCUUUACCUACCUCCCCUUGGUGUCUAUAAAAAAAAAACACUUCUUUAUUUUAGCUCUUAAAAUAAUCACAAUAGCACAAUCAUUCUUUAUGUUUAAGUCACUUUAUUCUCACCUAGCAUGGAUGUGUGUAACUAAUGGUACAGGACUGAUUGUAUGCAGUUGACCUACUUCCUUUCCUGUUUAAAACUAGGUCCAACUUGGUCAGUUUGAUGGCCAAUUAAAAAAUGUCUGGUUGAUCUUGAUGAGGUUUUUAAAAUCCUAUGGACUUUGUGAAUAUCCUCUUUUUCCCCAAACUGUAAUAAGUUGUCUUGUCUGUUAAAACUUCAGUUCUCUCACUUUAUAAAAUGAUUUGGGCCUCACAGCUGCAGAUAUAAAAAUGGUUGCAGGAUAAUUCUUAUUUUGAUUUGAAAUUAGGUUUAGGUGGUGUUAAAUCACUUUAGGGUUGUGCUUCAUGUACGCACCAUUUGCACGUUCUUCUUACAGGGAAUGUAGGAUGUACAGGCACUGUCUACAGUUACCUUUCCGAGACCUAAUGGACACGUUCGCCACAUUUAGUUUAUUUGAUGCAACCCAUGAAUCUCUUUGCCUCAAUGAAGAGGUUGUAGGUAUCGUUUAGUGUUAGUUGGUGUUGAAGUAAAUCCGGGUUUUGUGUAUCUGCAACUACAGGUUUUGUCACUUAAUGUUACGUUAUCAUAUAGCACAAGCGGAAAUGAUGAGCUUGGUGCACGGUUUGAUACGUUUUUGCUUCUGUGCCUUUCUGUUCUUUUUCAGCACCUCAUUUUACUCAUCCCUGCAAAUCUUUUUCCUCAGCCUGUGCUAUAAGGCUACAAUUUCCUCUUGCACAAUAAUCACAAAUAGAUAAGCUAUCAAAUUUUUUUUUUUUUUUUUUACUGUAUUAUGAUGAACUUGGAGCUUUAUUUAAAUUUGCCUUUCAUGUUUUGUUGGUUUUAAGUUUAUGAAAGAGAAAAGAAUUUAAUGUCUCAAACUAUUGAAAGAAAAUGGCAUUUUAUUCAUUGUUUUUGUUGUUUUUAUCGGUUCCACAGAUUUAGCUAAAAAUUAGGUCUUAUUGAAACCAUGCAAUUACAAAUUAUCCUGAGUUUGGUCCCUUAUGUCCUCCAUCAUGUUGUUAAUUGUACACAGAUGUGUUGUCUUUAUGAGAUGUAGGUGCACCAUCCAGUCGGGACUGUUUUAAAGCUCCCUCUUGUUACAUCCCCAACGACAAUCAGGGACAGACGGCUUCACGUUAAUCAUUCAGUUCUUUCUCUUUCAUUGCAGUUGGUUUCCUCAAGAAUGUAAAGAAAAUAUCCUGCUGUAAAUAUGUUGUGUAUAUUUUUAUGUUUUACAAAGUACUGUUUAUCAAAAAGUAGAAAAAGGUGCGUGCAAGAGACACUUCUCGUCAGUGGAAGGCAUUGUUAGUUUUCAAGCCUUUUGUGGAGAUUGCAAUGAUACAGAUGCACUGCCCAGAUAUAUUAUAGUCCGUGUUGAAUUGUAAUUGUGAACAACUACAGAUGACUAAAAUAACAAUUCUGAAGAAGCGGAGGAUGACUCGUAAUCUGAGCAGUUGGAGUAGAUUUCAGCUGGAUUAUGGCUCAGAGUUAAGGCAGUUUAUAGUCCAUCACAGGCUACCUGUUUAAUUGUAAACAAUAUUUAAAAGCACAGUGCAGAUGGGUUUUGUAAAUUGAAUCCUGUUCUGCUUUGGGGAAAUUCCAAUGCGUCCCUGUCAUUCAUUUCCUAUAUAAGCAGCUCUAAAGUUUGUUUUCCUUUUGUCUACCUAUGUCUGUCUUCUGGCCAUAAGUGUCCUUGUAUAAGCUAGAAAAAAAUGUGUUUUGUGUAAAAAGAUCUGUAUUAUAAAUUUUGUAUGAAAAAUAUUUUUUGAAACAUGUCAUUUAAAGCACUGAUAUGUAAAUCAUACAGAUACACUCUUGCUACCGUCAUUUAUCUCCUUACUAGUUCCUGUUGAGACCUUUUGGUUACAAAAUGGGAAUCUGAACUUUGGAAAUUUUCUACCUUUGAAAAGAAUUUGGAUCAAGAAGCCUCCCGCUUCCCUUUAGGGUUAAUGAGACAUUAGCUUAAUUUGCAUGGUCGCUGACUUGUUGGGUUGGAUGAACUUUUUUUGUAUAAUGUGCAGCUUUAAUUGUAACGAUUAAUCAGUCAAGUUAACCCUGUAUAAUUAGAGCUUUGCUAAAUAUGAUUUGUAGGCAAACUGAUUACAUUGUUUUGAUUGUUGUGUGUACUGUCUUUACGAAUAAAAUUAUUCACAGAAUGUGAGCUUGAAGAA